GUACUUAGUGUCACUAAAUCAGCUAGGUUAGCUAAGGCAAGCUGUUUGUCUUGUCGGAACAUUACCAGCUGAAUUUGCUAGCUCGCAUGUAGCAUCAUUUUUUCCAUUUUAUUUAUGGGUUUAGCUAGCUAGCUAAAUUGUAUUAUUCGUACGAAGUUUAUCUUGGUAUCGAAAAUGACACUUUAAUCGUGUUAGCCUGAUACAAGUUAUUACAAACCUGGCUACCCAGCUUAGCCAGUUAGCUAGCUAGCUGGUUUACUAGUCUCAAGCUAGCUAGCUAGCUAGGCAGGUGGGUAGCUAACUUGGCUUGCCUACCAACAGCUAGCAACUAAACGAAAAACAUUUAAUCAAGCCAGGCUGUCCAAACAGUUAGUUAGCUGGCUAGUAAUACAUCGUUGUUUUCUGUGGUGAUUAUAAUUUCUUUGACCACUUAAAAAUGUCACUUGGUAAAUAUAUACAUGGGCCAGUGGCGCAAUGGAUAACGCGUCUGACUACGGAUCAGAAGAUUCUAGGACCUGGUUCCUGGCAUACAUGAUCAGUGUAAUCAAUGCAUUCUGUGUGAUGGGACGCUCAGCCAUGUUGUUCAAAUCUACUGCCCUCUUGGGGAAUCUCCAUAUCACCGCACCAUGAAUGUAUUUGCAUGCGUUAAUCCACAAUGUUAUGGCAAACCAGAGAGCUGGAAGGCGCUGCGCUCACAGUGUUCGGAGUCUGACGUGAAACAGCUAUUAGAGCGUCAGCACGUCAGUAAUCUGCAGGUUAAGCAAGUCCCAAUGUCCACUACGGAAUGGUGUGAUGAAGCUGACGACUGGGGGAUGGAGCCCGAGAACGACAAACCUCAGAGCUGUGCACGGACUCCGGCAGCUGCAUCCCAGCCAGUGGCAGACACUGCUCAGGCUGCACUGGAUGCCAGUGACAGACUUGUGGGCCUUUGUAUAAGUGGCCCAGGGGGCAAGGAAGCCACGGGUAGCGUCCAUCAGGCGGUGCCUGCCUUUCAGCCCUUCUACAUCAGUGUGAUGGAGGAGACGGACCUCGUGGCGUGUAAGGACUUGGAGCACGCUAACAGACUGCUUAAGGAGUAUGAGGCGAGAGAGGGAGUGGCUGUCAGAGGCAAUGGGAGUUCUGAAGCUGAAGGAGUUCACGAGAAGUAUGAAAAGGCGGAAGCCAAACAUGGAGAUGCAGUCUUCUCCAGUUUCAUGAAAAGAAUCUCCCUCUGUCCACAACAGGUGCUUCGAUACAGUUGGAGUGGGUCACCGUUAUUCUUAACGGAGCCUCCUUCAAACAUAACUCAGGUAGUGCCAGCCUGUGCACACUGUGGCAGUCCUAGAGUGUUUGAAUUUCAGCUCAUGCCAGCACUGGUCAGCUUACUCCAUAAUACAGACCCAAGCUCAGAGCUUGUGUUGGAGUUUGGUACAGUUUUGGUCUACACCUGCAGAGAAAGUUGCUGGAUGUCUGGAUCCAAUGUUCCUGUUGAGGAAUUUCUCUUUGUGCAAGCUGAUCCUGAUCAAAAGCUGUUUAAAUAAUAAUUUAAACAACAAUAAAGAGUAAAUUAGUAUAA